AUGGGCUCUUCAGAAGGAUCUGUGUUGCCAUCAAAUGUUGCAAGGCUUAUAGAUGGUUCACCAGCUCGCAAAGAGGUGUCAUACCUUGAUGUUAUGCAUGUUUAUGUUAAGGAGUUGAUUGCUGGAGGUGCAGCUGGAGCAUUCGCUAAAACUGCUGUUGCACCCCUGGAACGGAUCAAAAUACUCUUGCAAGUGGAAACAAAAGGGUUUCAUUCUCUUGGGGUGUUCCAAUCUUUGAAGAAGUUACUGAAGCAUGAGGGAGUCCAUGGAUUCUACAAAGGAAAUGGAGCUAGUGUUAUUCGGAUUGUUCCAUAUGCAGCCUUACAUUUCAUGGCGUAUGAGCAGUAUCGCUGUUUGAUUUUGGACAACUAUUCUGCCUUAGGAUUAGGGCCCCUUAUUGAUCUUUUAGCUGGUGCAGCAGCUGGAGGAAUAGCAGUUUUAUGCACAUAUCCUUUAGAUCUGGCUCGUACUAAACUUGCUUAUCUGGUUGUUGAGUCUGGAGGAAGUAUCAAUUAUUGUAUGAAGAAUAAUCACGCUCAACCUGCAUAUAACGGCAUAAGAGAUGUACUUAGAAGUGUGUACAAGCAAGGAGGAAUGCGUGCGCUUUAUCGAGGUGUAGGCCCAACACUCAUUGGUAUCCUUCCUUAUGCUGGGCUAAAGUUCUACAUAUACGAGGAACUCAAGAGGCAUGUUCCUGAAGAGGAUCAAAAGUCCAUUGUGAUGCGUCUUUCCUAUGGAGCUCUAGCUGGUUUAUUUGGGCUGACCUUCACAUACUCACUAGAUGUUGUUAGGAGACAGAUGCAGGUCGAAAGUUUGCAACCUUCAGUACAAGGAAAUGCUAGAUACAGAAACACAUUGGAAGGUCUCACUGUUAUUGUUUGUAAUCAAGGAUGGAGACAGUUGUUUGCUGGUCUAAGCAUUAACCAUAUGAAGAUUGUUCCUUCUGAUGCGAUUGGUUUCACUGCAUACGACAUGAUGAAGUUUUGGCUCCAAAUUCCACCUCGACAGAAGACUCGAUCAAUAUCUGCUGCCUAA